UUCCGUUUGAGAGUCGUGUGCAACAUUUCACUUCCAUUUUUCCGACUGUUUGGGGUGGAGCCUUUAAAUCGACCAAAGAUGUUAAACCCACGCAAUAUGUCUGGGGGGAGCAGACAAGGAAGGGGGAGGGGCAUUCUUGGACAGUAUUACCCCCCUGGAACAAACAUAGGAGCCCAGGCCUCGGGAUAUGGUGGGGGAUACUUUAAUGAUGGGGGAUACGGAGGGGGAGGCUAUGGUUCCCCCGGCCUGGACAGACAGCAGGAGUCCCAGCUUCUCCAGCUUUUGAAGAGACAAAGUGAUGUGAUAGAAAAACUUUCUGAACAAGUCGGUUUGGACAAUUUGCCGGGAUACCCAGGGCCUGGCAAGUAUGGAGGGAAUUAUGGGAGCUACGGUGGUUAUGAUGAUUAUGGAUAUCAUCCUGAGUAUCCAUAUAUGGACAUGGCGUACCCAGGAAUGAAUUAUGGGAUGCAAGGAUUUGGUCGCGGAAGAGGAAGAGGGGGACAGAGAGGUGGCAACCAGAACAGGCAGCCUGGAGCGCAACAAAGGCAAGUGAAGAAAGGCAAAUCUGGGUAUCCAGUGAAGACUCCCGUCAACAUUGAGCCGGGGCAGUAUGAAGACAACUACACAUUUUACUGUCAUGCCUGUAAAUACCAGUGUACCAACAAUGCUGACCGUAAGAACCACAAUAAGGGCCACAAGCACCUGCAGCGGAUGGAGGAGGUGAACCGUCUACCCAAACACCAAGCUCAGCCCAUUCUGGACAAGAUUGCCGAGGUGAAGGCACUGCGGGAGAAAGAAAAGAAACUAAUGCAAUGCGUUAUCUGUGAUAUUGACCUCCCAGUCCCCUACUCAGACCACAAGAACCAAAACCAACACAAAAACCGGAUGAGACAGGUAAAGGCUGGUUGUGGAUGCUGCAAAACAGGAGCCUUCAAAAACUUCACCGAGUUCAAGGAACACAGGCAGCUUGAAGAACACAAACAGAACACAGAGUCUGCAAGGGAGAAGUUGGAGGCUGAGAUUGAAAAAUGUACCGAUGAAGCCAAUUUCCCUGCUUUUGAAGAAGGGACACCCAUAGGACAAAUAUUCAUCCAGAGGGUGGAAGGUUUCUACUGUACGCUGUGUAAAAAGUUCUUCAUGUCGGAACAGGAAGCCAAGAUCGAGCAUUGUGGGAUCAGAGCUCACUACAACAAGGUCAAGAUGUCCAAAAUCAAAUCUGAAGAGACGGAGGAAAAAACGUCAGAUUCGGAGGCGACCAAGUCGGACAGCGCGUCGGCUAACAAUAUCAACCAAGGAGAGACAAAUGGAAACUAAUUAUCGCCCUUGUCAGAUGUCACACAUUGUCAUUCUUCAUGGUUAAGAUGAUGCCUGCUGCCUCCAAAUUAACUCUGUAAUGUCUUUCAAGUCAUGUCUUGCAUCUGGCCGAUUAAGUGCCAUGGGAGCUACAUAGCCCUGUGUGCCGAGGAUGAUCUUGGCGUCUUUUUUGGUGAACACCCAUCACAGCGAGCAGCAGCCUCAACCAUGAACAAUGGCAACUGGCUUGGUGACCUUGAGGAUGGCCUUUGAUUGUGAUUACCUUUUGAGAUGUUGGUGAUGAUGUUGGUGAUGACCAUGAUGGCGAUGAAGCUGUCUUGGCGUGGGUGUCAAAAUGUGUUGCUGCAACAACUGAAUUGAAUGAAAGAUGUCAGAAUUCAGCAAAGUUUUAUAUAUUUUCUUUACUAUCAUGAAAAUUGUCCUGUAUACUGUACUGUGGAAUGAUGAGAAGUUUUAUAAUGAAUUUUUAAAACAGAAUUGAAAAUUUAGUAUAUUCUUCAAGAAGAAGUGAAUAAUUUUUGUCAUGAAUAAGUAGUAACAGCGACAUGUAUGCAUGAAGGAUGAGGACUAUUUUUAUGGAUAUACAACUUCUUUAUACUGUAUAGGGACGUUUCGACAUAGAUUCUAAUGUCGUUGUCAAGUCACUUGCUUGACAACGACAUUAGAAUCUUUGUCGAAAUGUCGCCUAUACAGUAUAAAGAAGUUGUAUAUCCAUAAAAACAGUCCUCAUCGUUCAUCUACCCAACUUCUAGAAUGCCAAUCAAAUAAAAUAUGUAUGCAUGUUUUUGAAAACUAGCUUGAUGCUUGUUUUUUAUCAUAUUUACUUAAGUUAUGAUAAUUUUGAGGUAUUGUCUUUCUUACUAUUUGUUGUGUUAAAUUGUAUUCAAUAUAAUAUUUGUAUUCAAGUUUGGGGUUUGUUAGUAUUUUUAAGAUGUAAUCUAAAUCUUUUGAUACUCAGUAAACAGUAAUAUGGUAUAGAAAUAAUACAUACUGUUAAUCAGGGCUCAUCAACUUGAAAGAAAGACCUGUAACAUGUAUAUUUCAACAUCAUAGUUUGAUGAGUGGGUACCUGGAUUGGAAUAUACCUGACGCCCCUUAGGUCAGACGGAGACAACCAGAAAUCAUGUCAUGAAUAUUCAUGUUGUUGAAGUCUAGGUUGACAAUAUUAAUAUCAAACUUUGCUGAAACCUGACAGAUCAUUGUGAAUAUUAUACAUACUGGAUUCAUAUAACUUAACUUUUUAUAUUUUGUUUAUAUAUUUUGAUUAUUAUGUUUUCAUGUUGUGUAUAUUUGUCUUUCUAUGCCUCUGCAUUUCACUCUUGUUUUUUUCUGUUAAGCUUUUGUCUGUUGAUGAUAAGCGCUGUGUUGUAAUGCCACGUCAUUACCAUGGCUCGCUAACAUAUUAUGAUAGUGAAACCAAAGUUCUUCUGAGAAUUUUGUGAUUCCAGUUGCAUGAGAUAAUGACAUUUGACACUGAUGGAUAUUGCAAGGUCUGAAUAUAGACCUAUCUUUGUUCUCUCAUAAUGGAAUAUUUUAUGCAUAUAUUUCGAGCAGUUUACAUAUUAAUUCCUUCAUGAGAAUUUUUCUAUGUGUUUAGACUCCAGUGAAUGAUUUUGGCAGUUGGACCAAAAUUUAUCCACUUUUUGAGGGAUUUCUUGGAUUUUUAUGUUGUAUGAAAAAAAUCUAAAAAAAAGUAAUUUCCCUUUAGUGUUUUAAGGGAAUGAUUAUUAUUUCAUAACUUUCUGUUUGUUCAUUUUUUGAUGGAGUAAUUCCAGAUGACCGUGACACAGGAGACCUUUGUUAGUUAUCAACACCUGAAGAAAGUUCUGUUCGGUGUGAAGAGUGCUUUUGAAAACAAGGGUUUCAAAGGGAGGUCACUCUCGUUCCUUUUUGACAGAUCAUGAUCGGCAUGUUUUCAAACAAACCACAGCAGAUAUUUACGCAAUACAUGUGAAAAAAAUCUUGUGGUGAAAAUAAAAUAUAGUUGAUCUGAAUACUGACAAAGGGUCUCUGAAGAUUGUGUCACCUUUCUGAGAUGUAACCAGAUGUGCUGAGAUAGUUGGGGAUGGUGUCAUCCUCCCCGAUACACGAUUACUCUUUCCAUGUAGUGUUUUUAUGGGCUAUAUUUUCCAGCACUCAGCACUGCUUUCAGCUUCAAAGCUGCUUACAUAUAGGGCAUGCCUUACCAUGAAUCUUUUGAUUAUUUUCCUUUCUGAGUUGUCUCCAUUGCUGUCCAGAAAACUUGACCGCUGGACACAAAGAUCAAUACUGAACAGACUGUGUGUAUAACAACUUUUUUUAUUUCGUGAGUGCGAUAUUUCGAUGCAGAUUCUUGUACCGUUAUCUUAACUCACUCACCAUAUGAAAAAACCCCAUCCUUUCCAUAUUUCUAUAACAAAAAUUAUUUACAUAAAAUUCAUAGAAAAGGAAUAUGGCAAUCCAAAAGCAUUGACUCUUUCUUGAUGAUGGGUGAUGAGUUAUUUGGAUGUUAAACGUUUUAGAAAUAUUUUGCCAGUGGGAAGCAAGUGUUUCAAGGACGCGAUGGAGGGUACAUGGACCAGGUGGACAUUCAAGGUUGUUCCUUGUGAAAGGUUAUACUUUCUACUGACACAGAUGCUGUGUAUGAUGUCUGUGUGCAGAUGACGCAGAUACUCUCCUGAAAAACACUGCAGGCAUCUCUGCUGAAGGGAGGUAACUGCAGUCAAGUCAGAAUUAAGACACUUAUGUAAUUAUGUUUGAUUUGAUUUUGACAUCACAACUGUUGGAAGUUAUGUAACCAGAGCUAUUUUGAAACUAUUAAAGAGUAGGCAGGCACCGCU